GAAUGUGAUAUGUUGCAAUUAGUUGUCCCUAAAAUGUGGUGUCGAACUUUUCCAAGUUUUAUGAAUCUUACUUCACAAGAAUACCAUAACCUUCUACAUAAGUGAUAUAUCUAUUCUCAGAAAUAUAUCUAACUUGGAACAUCCCACCCUAUUUUAUAUGGUUUCUUUAACCAUUUUUAUUAACCAAUACCAUACUUCCAAACUCAGAACUGUGCUAAAGUGUGGAACAUAUGUGGGACACGACAUUUAUUGAGACACCUCAUCCCAAUGUACAUCGUGUUAUUUCAGUUCUGAAUAUAUUUAAUCAUCUCUUUUUUGAUGAAAACUCAAAUAAUUAUUAUCUAUUCUUAAUCCGACGAAGAAAGUUAUCGAUAAUUGGACACCAUGGAAGACAAACAAUCUCUGCUAUCGCCCACCAACUAUAAUCCUUAUGAGCCAGUGGUCAGUCAAACCCAAAUGGGACAAAAUUUCAAUCAACAGUAUCAGCCAGGUGGACCAACUUAUCAGGCUACAAAUCAAGGGUAUAAUACUGGACAAAUCCCAGGACAAUAUGGUGCUUCGUUUGGACAUACUACCAGUGCCGUAGUGUCUAGCCAGCCACAACCAUUAAAUAUAUCUAUGUGGUCAUCCGGAUUGUGCGACUGUGGCACUGACAUGAAAGGAUGCUUACUUGAAUAUUUCUGUGGUCCGUGUUCCAGAGUAAAUAUGGCAACAAGGCUUGGAGAAUCUGCCCUUUAUGGAUGUUGUUGUGGAUUUCACUUCAGUAGCGUUGUUCGACCUUAUAUUCGUGCCAAACACAACAUUCAGGGUUCGUUAAUGGAAGAUUGCUGUAUGUCAUGUUGGUGCCAUUCCUGCAAUAUGUGCCAAAUAUCACGAGAACUUGACAGACGUUCCUAUCCAAAAGGAUGCCUGUUUUAAAUGAAUGUGACAAAGAUCUCAUGAAUUAAGUUUUACACCGAUUUUCUGUUGAGCAUAUUUAACAACAAGGCAGUUGAUGUUAUCGUGUUUAUAUAAAGUAAUGUUGUACUGAUGAAACAUAUUCUCAUUGUUUCAUAUAUGCUUCGAAAUUUAUAGAUAUAAUAUUCCACGAAUAAUUAUUGUAAAGAUACCAUUAGAAGUGAAUGUUUUACACUCGACCUUUAAAACCACGGUAACGAGGCUUCGUCGUGAAGAUUUUUAAUUUGUGUAUGCUUGAAAGAUAAUCUUUAUAUAUAUGUAAUGUUUACAAUAAUCUGUUUGUUGUCCUUAUGUUCCACCAUAUGUUACUAACUUAAGAAUUCAACAUUAAAAACUUGAGAUUUGUUUAAUAAUCUUUUGAAACUUUAAUGUAAUAUGAUAACUUUUUGCCAUUGAUUAUCUGUAGUUGGCAAAGUAAGAUUUAUGUGGCUGAACUAUGCAUAAAUGUGAAAUCAAGAAUUCAUGUUGGAACUGAAUGACGUGAAUUAUAUCACUGUUUUUCUAGUGUGCAAUUAUAUUGUAAAAUAUUUCAAUAUACAGUACUAAAGCAGGAUGAUAAAAGAAAGUAAAGCUACG